UUUUUUUCUAAGUUUUAUUUAUUGUUUCAGCUUCUUCUACAGUGCAACAGAGCAACAAUGGAUUUUUUCGACGAAGACAGGCCUAGAUUCGUUUUCCAAUCUCGUCCUUCUUCUUCUCACACGGCGGAGGAAGAAGAAGAAGCUAGAAUCCCUAACAAGCUUUUCAUUUCAAUCUCCGUCUCAAUCUCCCUCAUCAUAUUAUCUCUCUCCUUCUUCUACUUCGAAUCUGAACCUGCCAAAUCGCUACUAUUAUGGCUUUCCCUCUCUUUCCUCGUCGGUCCUUUCGCUCCUAGCUCGCUCACCGGAGGUAAGAUUCGCGUCGGUUAUGGUCAGAUCUUGGAGCCAGAACAGAUUCACGAUGAGUCAUCCACGGAUAACGAACGUGAAUCCAGGAGGAAAUCGGUGAAUAAGCGAUCUAAAGGUUCGACGAAGAGCGAUAAUCCGCCGGAAAAUGCUUCUGCGGUGACUGAAGUUUCGAGGAAAGUGGUGAUUCCGCAGUCUAAGGAGAGUGGAUCUGUGAAUGAAACUAAAGAUUGGACUGCUGAAGAGAUCGAGAUUUUGAAGAAGCAGUUGAUUAAGCAUCCAGCUGGUAAACCUGGGAGAUGGGAGACGGUGGCUUCAGCGUUCGGAGGAAGAUACAAGACAGAGAAUGUGAUUAAGAAGGCGAAAGAGAUAGGUGAGAAGAAAAUCUAUGAGAGUGAUGAUUACGCUCAGUUUUUAAAGAAUAGGAAAGCUUCAGAUCCUAGAUUGGUUGAUGAAAACGAAGAGAAUUCUGGAGCUGGUGGAGAUGCGGAAGGUACUAAGGAGAUUUGGAGUAAUGGAGAAGACAUUGCAUUGCUCAAUGCUUUAAAAGCUUUUCCUAAGGAGGCAGCUAUGAGAUGGGAGAAGAUUGCAGCUGCAGUACCUGGGAAGUCGAAAGCAGCUUGUAUGAAGAGAGUUACUGAGCUUAAAAAAGGGUUUCGGAGCUCGAAAACUCCAGCUAAUUAACUAGAGAAUAAUGAAAAAGGCAUGUUUGGCUAGGAGAAAGAUGGCGUCAACUUGACAUAGAACUGGUUUAGGUUUAUAAUACUGGUAAUGGUGUCUAUCCCUAGUAGAGUUUAAUUGGUAUAAAUUUCCCCCUGUUGCUGAAUGAUCGGUUCACAAACUACUAUAAAAUCUUGGAGUCCUCUGUCAUGUUAGAUUCGAUCUUAGGGAAAGUAAUAUGUCUGCAUUUCAUGAUUUUCUAUCUUAUUUUGGUAGUCCUUUGAGAUGUGCAAAAGAAACCAAAUGUAUGCUCAAGUAUGUGAUCAAAUAGAGCUAUACUCACAAGUUGACAUUUACAGAAUCGAGUCAAAAUAGUCUAAAACUGCUCUAAUUUAUGUUUACACAAUCUUUUACUGACAUAAACCUUUUGACGCAGGACAUCUGUACGGGAUUAAGGCAAAUACCAGGAGAGGAAAAACAAUUUUGUGUUUGCUGCUUGAGAUUAUUGCUACAACGCCCAAAGUAGUGAAUAGAGUUCUGCAGGAAGUUUCUUUUAGAGAGAAGAAAAGAAAGCAUCUCAAUAUGCCAAAGAAUUUAACAUAAAGUUAUGAGUUCUUCUUUACUUCAAGCUUUGAUUCGAAUUACAAGACUUGAGCAUCUGUGUAUCCCCUCCCCAAAGAGCACCUAUUUUAUUACUAGGGAAAUAUAUAAAAAGACUAUAUAUAUUCUUAAUCCAAAAUUCCAAACUAGAAUUUUCAUAUAAUAUUCUUAACAUUUUUAUCA